UUAGUACUAAACUUAAGCUAAUUUGCUUAUUAGCUCUAUAAUAAAUUGUCAAAGGGAAGAUAAUAUGUACGCAGAAAAUUUGCAACACAAAGACGGUGACAACAUGGUUAUUCAAGGAAACCUGAGUUCAGAGCAGCUUCAGUUGUUCAAUUCUGAUGGGUAUUUGGUGUUGGAAUCAUUUGCAAGCCAAGAAGAGGUGGAGUCAAUGAGGAAGAGAAUGGAAGAGUUGCUUGAUGAGUUUGAUUUCUCUUCCGAUGCUUCUAUUUUUUCUACCAAGAACCAACAAGAAACGACUAAUGAUCACUUCUUUGAAAGUGCUGAGAAGAUUUCAUUCUUCUGGGAAGAGAAAGCAUUUGAUGAAGAUGGCAACUUAAAGCAGCCAAAGGAACUCUCAAUAAAUAAAGUUGGGCAUGCUCUUCAUGAUAAAGAUGCUGUAUUUAAUAAGUUCUCUAGCUCAGACAAAGUCUCAGGCAUGCUGCGGUCCUUGGGUUACCAGAGGCCAGUAGUAAUUCAGUCGAUGUACAUAUUUAAGCAACCAGGUAUUGGGGGUGAAGUGGUGCCGCACCAAGAUAACUCUUUUCUGUACACUGAACCAGCAACAUGCACUGGCUUGUGGCUAGCUUUAGAGGAUGCAACAAUUGUAAAUGGCUGUCUAUGGGCUAUACCAGGGUCCCACAAAAACGGCCUUGUGAGGAGAUUCCUUAGAGAUGAAAAUGGGGUUCAUUUUGAUAAGCCAUCUCCAUGCUAUAACCAGAAAGAUUUCGCUCCACUUGAAGUAAAAGCUGGAUCUUUGGUAGUCAUUCACGGAGAUCUUAUUCACCAGAGUUUUGAGAACCAGUCUUCAAAGUCACGACAUGCAUACAGUUUACAUGUGGUGGAUACUAAUGGCUGCAAAUGGGCAGAAGACAAUUGGAUAAGAAGAAAUGUAGAUCCAGAGCCAUUGUACAGUUGUUGAACAUCUGCCUUCAGAGUCAUCAACUGCGAGUUUCUUACUAAAAUAUCAAGUGAACCUUGGAUCGAAGCUGUUUUAGUUUCUUAGCUCACUUAUGUAUAUGCUCACUUAUGUUAUCCACUUUGAAAAAUUAUUUAAAAUUUAGCUUGUUUUGGCAAA